AUGGCUAAUCAAGCCACUUCUAUCCUUGUCCCCGCGCCACCGGAAGACUCAUUUAGCCCGCGUCCCCGGGCUCCUCCACCAACUACGCCAAGCACGGAUUCCCUCGGAGGAGGAGACGUCCUUCUCAAGGACCUUUCCCAUUGUGCUGUCUGUGGAAUCACCGGAUGGCACCAGAACAAGGCUCAUGAGGUCUACGACGAAUGGGUCGAGAAGAUCUGGGAUGAGUAUCUUCGAGCCUCUGGACUUGAUCCUACCCCAGACGCCCCCAAACCCCGCGUGUUUACAAGAGAUGUUUGGAGGUCACAUCUUUGGCUGGCACGGGCCUUGUUUGAGGGCGAGCCCAGUGAGCCUGAAAAUCAAGAUGACAGUGGAAGUGAAGACCACAGUGGAAGCGAGGACGAUAGUGGAAGUGACGGUUAUAGUAGCGACGACGGCGACGACGACGGCGAAAUCGGCGAUGCAUCUGGAAACAAGUCUGAAUGGGAAGACGUACACGUUUCUACCCCCCUCUGA